CCUCUCCCUGUUUCAGGCUCCACCCCCUCCAUCCUCAGAUAACCAUAAGCACUUGACCCCCCAGCCCAUCCCGCGGUGCUCGGCAUAUCGCUGACCCCUUCUCCCGGGAAUCAUCUCGACGGCUCUCCGCUCGUCUGGACCCGAAGGCCACAACAUGGAGGCCCAGACGCCGGCGCUGCAACAGCCGGACAUUCCGAGGACCGACACCGUCUUCUCCAUCCUGUCUGGGUUCUACUCUCUGGACUCUGGCGUCCCCGGGCUCGCCAAGGUCAUCCUCAACAAGCUCAACAUGAAGGACUUCGGAGAAUACAGAGCUGCCGUGGAGGGGAAGGCCACGGGGAUCUCUUUCCGCAACCACAAGGAGAUGUUCAAGAAGAUGGAGGAGACCUUCCAGUUUUGCGCCAGCUGCAACAAACUGCCGGCGCGUCUCUCCGAGGGUCAGAGCCUGAAGCGCUGCAGGAAGUGCUUGAACGUGUACUACUGCACCAAAGACUGCCAGAGGAACAACUGGCCUCAGCACAAAGAGGUCUGCAGGACGCUGCGCCUGGUGGCGAUCGACCGGCUCAUGGAGUGGCUGAUGUUCACGGGAGACCUCCCCCUGCCCACGGGGGAGUGGUCCGAGCCCGCCGCCGAGGUGAAGAACAGCGACGACUGGCUCCGCGUGCGCGGGGAUCUCUCGCCACGUCUGGACGCCGUCUUGUCCGGCGCCAACAUGGAAACCCUUUGGAAGAACGCUGGCAGGCCUCGGCCCGACGCCGCCGACCUGCGCCGGUCGUUGUGGCGGAUUCACAGCGAGUUCCUCUCCCGGGUUCUCACGGUCGGCCUGGCGGUGCGGCGCUCCGGCCUCGACCCGCGCGCCAAGCCGCUCACCGUCCACAUCGCGGGGGCUUCUCACAACGAGACCAUGGCGGCCCGGCCCACGGACUACGAUGAGCUGAACCACAUGUUCCGGCACCAGGGCAUCGGGGUCGUCAUGGUGGGCCCCGAGGUGGUGGAGGGCCCCGUCGUGAGGCCUCCUCUCAUCGGGGCGACCCCCAAGCAGAGAGUCUACCUCAGCGCCCACAAGGGCCUCUACCACCAGUUCUGGGAAGACGUGGUGGAGAAAGAGGAGGCGGCCCGGCCGGACCUGGUGGUGGGAUUUCAUCCAGGGUUCCACGCCAGCCGGGGUCUGGCAGAAGGUUGGCUGCCCACCCUCCUGCUCCUCAGAGACUACAACAUCCCGACCUUCUUCACCGUGUACAGCGAGGCAGAGCUCAGGGCCUCGCUCCAGAUCCUGUCCGAGUUGGAGAUGCACAUCAGGGACAGUGGGAGAAAUCCAUUUACCUCCCAGAAACCAGAGCAGGUCCAGUCUUGCCCAAACAAAACGCCGGUGUUCUGCAAUUCUCACUACAUCCGUUUCCAGGGAUUGCUUCAAGAAGACGACCUGGAGGAGCCGGGGAAGCAGCAUUAAGAGGAUACGAGGCCACUCGGCCUCCCCUUUGAAAGACGUGGUUUCCAAAGUAGGGAGUGUGGACUUCCCGGGGUCUUCGGGGGGCUUCCUGCAGCCUUCUGUAGACGGAUUCUGCUCAGCUGUGCUGCUACCUGCAGAGAGACAGUUUAUUUAUAUGAAUAUGAGGCAGAGAGCAUGAAAACGAGACAAACGCACCAUUACUGCAUGAGCUCACUUAACACAGUGAAUAAUAAAUGAAUAAAACAUAACAGAAAUGACUCAAAGCUCAUAAUGAAGUGUGACGGCACCUGAGGGCAUCGGCGGGGUUAAAGGUCAGAUCUCUAUUGGCUGUGACAGGAGUUGGAUAUAAAGACAUGGGUGUAAAAUGUAAUGAGACCUAAAUGAGUUCAUCUUUUUACGGUUCUCUGUAAUUUGAUCUGUGUCUCGAUGUAUUUCCAAAUCUCGCAAAUAGCUGCAUGAAAUCCGAUCACAGCGUACUAGAGUAACACAGACAUUAUACUUUAAAUGUUUAUUUGACUUCUUGUGAUGCUGCUUUGGAGCUGCUGCUGGACUCUGAAUGGUGAGUCUGUGCUCUGGAUUAACACCUCAGUCAAUAUAAUAGUUCUUAUGUGAGUGGAGACACUUUGAUAGGAUAUGAUGUUCCUUUAUUUGUCCCGCAGUGGGGACAUCUAAAAAAUAAGCUAGUUUUCCUUUUCCAUAACAUUUUAUGUGUAUAGAGUUUCAAAAGGUACUUAAAGUUACACAUGGUAAAAACAGAGAGGCAGAGAGACGACAUAACAGUUAAAAAAAAACAGCGUCUCAGGUUAAAAGCAGAUUUAAAUCGGUGAGUUUUAAGUGCAGUGUUGAACGUGGUGAGUGACGGUGCUGGAGGAGAGAGUUUCAACUUUAUGACAACAAACACGAGACCCACUUUCUGUAAAGGUAUACAACAAUGAUGUAUGUUCCCUCUUCAAACAUCCAUAUUGUACUCUCCUAUAAGUCAUCAAGUAACAAGGAACAUUUUAAUAAUCUUUAUACGACAGACCUGCUUUGGGAACUGUUUUCUGUAACGAUGACAAAUGAAUUGUUCUGGAGCUUAUUCAAUUAAUGUGUGAAAACAACUAAUAAUGCUGGAGCAUGACACUGAUGUGUUAGACGCACCCUUACACCCGUGUAACAAGG